UUUUUUUGGGUGCAUAGAUUUGUUUAGUUUUGUUAAAUUAUAGUAUAAUGUAUUGCAUAAUCAUAGUUGGUUCUUCUAUAGACUAUGCUCAACCUGGUUGUAACUGUGUACACAUCUCAUGUCUCGAUGGGUUAUUGUUUUAUCUUCAGUGUGUACUAAGUACCUAAGGGCAAAAAAAAUUAAUGAAAAAAAAUUAAUGACUCUGAAGAGAGACUGUAAUACAACAUUAGGUAUUAAACGUUCAAAUAGAUAGAUUUUUCCCUUUAAUCUUUAACAAGUCUCCCACAAAAAUAAUUCAAAAUCAGAAGCAAGUUUUAAAAAAUUCAAUAUACAAUUGUUAUUACUGAACUACGUUAAGUUAUAUAAAGCAAAAUUUAAUUCUUGUUUUUCACAAGUCGUCGUCGUCGUCGUCGUCAACUUCCUUUUGUUUGCUCCUUCCUUACUUUUAAUAGUCUUCGUCGUCAACUACGAAUUGCUUGGAAAUUUCCACUUGUAUAUUUAUUCUCCCUCUCUCUCAUUGACGUAAAAAAGCAAACAACAACUUUAAGAGGUAAGGUAUAUCUGGUUCAUGAUCUGCCUGCAUCAUAUUUCAGUACCAUUGUAGCAUUAUCUCAUUGCACAUCUUUCAUUUUCUAUAGGAGAUUGCACUACUUAGUCAUCAUAAUAUCAUGUCUUCUUCUAGCUAGUUGCUCUGUUGAGUCCGAGUAACAUAUUUGUUCCUUGAUUAUAACGCCUUGUAUGGAGUUCCCGGAUCGCAUCAGUUUCCGGGAAAUGGAAUCUCGGGAUCGUGAAACCUCGCUGAUUUUUGCCGCUGGAGAAUCUAUCAUCACUUCUUGGCAAAAGGGUCAACUUCUGGGACGAGGAUCAUUUGGCUCUGUGUACGAAGCCGUUUCAGCAGAUGGGGACUUCUUUGCUGUCAAGGAAGUUUCACUUUUUGAUUUAGGAAGUAAUGAACAAGAAUGCAUUCAUCAUGAACUUGAAGCGGAUAUUGCACUACUUAGUCAGUCUUCUUCUAGUUCCUCCGUUAAUACCAACUCGACUUCUUCCUUUAUGACGCCCUCUCAAAUGGAUUUGAGUCAAGCAGGUCAUAGUGGUGGUGUUGCGAAUUGGGAAAAUACUAAAUCGACACGUUCCGAGUCUAUUGAGAUUAGAAAGUUUAGCAAUGUUCUAGUCACGUCUUGGCUGAAGGGUGAGCCUUUGGGACAAGAAUCAUUUUGCUCUGUGUAUGAACACCUUGAGACGGAAAUUGCACUACUUAAUCAGCUUCAGCAUAAGAAUAUUGUGCGAUACCGUGGCACAGCCAAGGACGGGUCGAAGUUUUACAUCUUUCUUGAGCUUGUAACCAAAUGGUCUCUUCUAAACCUUUACCAACGUUACCCGCUUCUGGACUCUGUAGUCUCCAAUUACACAAGACAGAUUCUUGAUGGUUUGAAAUCUCUCCACGAUAAAGGUUUUACUCACAGGGACAUCAACUGCGCAAAUAUACUGGUGGACGCUAAUGGCGACGUCAAACUUGCAGAUUUCGGAUUGGCAAAGGAGUCAAAGUUAAACGACAUUAAGUCCUGCAAGGGAACUUCAGUUUGGAUGGCUCCGGAGGAAUAGCAAUGUUGGAUGCUGUAUUGUUGCAAUGUUGGAUGCUAAGCUGUUGCUUAACACACACACACAUUUCCCCACCCUUGUUUCCUUCAGAGUUCAGAGUAUUUGAUUAAAAUUCCUUUAUUUCUGUUUAUGGUGUUUAUAACUGUAAGUAUGUUUGUGUAAUCACAGAUAGUUUGGAUUUCUUUCCAUUUUGAUUGUACUUUAGGCUAUACUUUGUACGGUUCUUUCUAAAUGAAACAUAAUAAUUUGAUCAGGUUAUUAACCCUAAGGGUAAUGAUGAUGGGCAUGGAAGUCCAGCUGAUAUAUGGAGCCUUGGGUGCACUGUGCUCGAAAUGUGUACUUGCCAGA